AUGUCUCGCGACAACGUCGCCGUCGCCUCUCCGCGUGCCUCCUCUCUGACUGGAAAGAAACGACCACGUGAAUAUGAAACCGACAAAGAUGCUGCGCGAAGGACUCGAUCUGUCGGCGAGCUUCGUGAGGCGCGCGACCGUGAAGCCUUCCAGCGUCAGCUGAUCGGUGUUUUCGUUCCCCGUGCUCUUAAGGAGAGUGCCGAGGGAAACAUGAAAAACUACAACGACCUCCUUUCCCACUUCUUGCCGACUCCCACACAGCCUCUCGUCCAGCUUGUCCCACUGCUGCCACUCGUCAGAGCUCUAACGGCCCACGUCUCCCUUCUCAUGCCAUCCCUUCAUGGCGGUCUCAUCUCUGCGAUCGUCAAUCUGCCCUGGGCCACGGGGGACGAGAAGUUUGUUAAGAGCUAUGUGGGACUGUGCGGUGUUAUCGUGUCUGCCCAUCCUGGAUGGACAAAGGAGAUCGUAUCGAUGGCUGUGAAGGGCCUCACUUGGCAACACCCCACUUCUGUUCCCUCCACCAUUACUCGACGCGAAUACCACGCUCGGCAUCAUCUUCUGCUGUCUCAUCUAUUGAGCCUCAUCCCUACGCUCCCGAACGUUCUUCAACCUCUCCUCAACCGGUACGCCCCGCAUAAGCGCGAAGCCGAGGUUGUGCAGACGACGUGGGUCCGCAACUGUUGUGAACUCAUCGACUACUGCCCCGAAUUGGGCGCGAGAGUUUGGGCAUCCCUCGUUGAUCGCAUGCUUCGCAUCGAUGUGGAAAUCACGAACCGUCUGGAGGACGACGAUGACGAUGACGAGGAUGACGAGGAUGAGACCGGCCCCCGAGCGAUGAGCAUUGAUCCGUUCGAGCUUCUCAUAAGUCAAGAUGCUCCCAAGGACGGGAUCGACGAUGACGACGAUGACAGCGAUGAUGAUGACGAGGGCGACCCCGAUCCUGACGCCCUGUCGUCGGACGACGAGAACGAGGACGAUGGCGACGAGCACGACCUCGCGAAGCUCGCCGCUGCGCGCCCAAAGAAGCGCGAGGUACUCCGGACCAUGCGCUCCAAGCUGGACGGUAUGCUGUGCUAUUUUUUGCGGUACCUCGAAGAGGCCAUGGGCGCCCGUGAGCGCGGUCUGUCUGCGGCCGAGGUUGCCGCACAAUCUCUCGUUUCCGGCAGCGGCAGCUCCACACCCCGCGCCGGCACGCCGCGCCCCAGCACCCCAACGAGCUCUACCCCGCGUAGCAGCGGAUCGUCUGCUCCCAACUCAGCGGUUCCUGCUCUCGCGACUCGGCCGCCGCCCAACCCCGCGCAGUCGCUUGCGCAUUUCCAGACACUUCUCAACCUGUUCUCCCGCCAAAUCCUUCCGACGUCGGCAACCCAGCACCUCCCUUUCGUUAUCUUCAUGUGCUCUUCCUUUUCACCCGCGCAUACCGAACUCUUCCUGCAUCUCCUGGUCUUGCAGUCUCUCUACGCCCGUACCAGCGACCAGCCGACCCUCGCCUCUCAGCCUGUUUCCCUCUCCCAGCGUGUGGCCGCGACGGUUUACAUCGGCUCACUUGUUUGCCGGGCCCGCUUUGUUAGCGACGAACAGGCUCGCACAGUCAUGGGCUACCUCCUCGCUUAUGUCGACGGCAAACUGCAUUCGGCGCGUGCAAAGAAGAACGAUCCCGAGCUUCCGCUGUUCUACGCUGUCUGCCAAGCUGCGAUGCUCAUAUUCUGUUUCCGCUGGCGCGCAUUCACGAACCAGGACGACAUGGAGGUCACGGGUGAGAUGGACAUGGACGAGGCUCAGGGGGGCCAGUGGAUCGCAGACCUGGACGUGCUCCAACGUGCAAUCACGUCUGAGCUGAACCCGUUGCUGGGUUGCAACCCCAACAUUGUCUCCACGUUCGCCAAGGUCGCGAACGCUACCAACUUUGCGUACUGCUUCAGCAUCAUCGAGGCCAAUCAGAAUGCCCAUCGCGUACCUACGUCAAGUUCGCUGAACGGUUCGCAGCUCGGCCGCCAGCGCACUUUUGCGCGUACGCAGAGCGUUCCCAAUAUGCCGACACAGGCUGCUGCGUCCAACAUUGCUAUUCCUAAGCUCGCACGCCAGAUCAACAUUGACGCAGGACUCGAUGACUAUUUCCCUUUUGAUCCCUAUGAUCUCCCCGUUUCCGGCGAGUUCAUCGAGCACUUGUACCGGACGUGGGAUGAUGUGGCCGUUGACCUUGGAGGAGACAGUGACUCGGACGAGGACGAAGACGAGGAUGCCAUGGAGACCGACGAGGACGAAGAGGAUCUUCCUGAGGGCAGGCUCAGAAUAAAGAACAAGGCGCGCCAGAUGCCCAAGGAGAACAGCUCUUGGCACCGCCAUCGCGACCUCAUGGACGGAGGCAUCUCCACGAGUUUUGAGACGAUGAACCUCUCUCCUCGCUUCUCAGGCGCAUCUGGUGUCACCAGCGAAGCUUAA